GGCGGUAUUUUAAUUCAUCCCGUCGUAUGGAAUCCCGCUGCGACCCGCGCACAGACCAAGAGUGCCACCGAAGAGAUGCUGCUGAAGAAUGCUGGACAUGAAAAUGAGUUGAACAUUAUGAAAUCUCCUGUCCCUCUGGGUUGGCAAUCAGUGGUCAUCUACCAUCAUCUCAGAGGAAAACCAGAAGAGCUCCACUCUAACUUCUGUAAGGGUUAGUCCAUUAUGGAAGAUCAAACAAUUUUCUGGCGCUGGUUUUGUGAAAUUCGGCUGCUGCCUUGGACCCUCCAUUUGAAAAAGAAAUUAACGUUGAGGAACAAAUAAAGAGGAAAAUCAGCUCCAGAGAAUGAACACUGUAAGUGGUACUGGGAUAUUCGUCAGCUUAACAACGGUGUCUGUGACGCUAGAUUUUAGUUUGCACGGUGGUCUGAUGGCUUGGCCCUUGAGCAACAAUUUGACUCUGAAUCAGAGUUUGCCCACGUCCGACCCUCUUAAUGCCUCUGAGUGGGGAGAAGUCUCUCGUAUGUCCAUGAGGGAGAAGAACUGGCCAGCCCUCCUGAUUUUGGUUAUCAUUCUGCUGACUAUUGGUGGGAACAUCCUUGUAAUUAUGGCUGUCUCCUUGGAGAAAAAGCUACAGAAUGCCACAAACUACUUCCUAAUGUCCUUGGCGGUGGCAGAUAUGUUGGUGGGGAUCCUAGUCAUGCCCGUUUCCCUCAUUACAAUUCUAUACGAUUCUGCUUGGCCUUUGCCUAAACAAUUGUGUCCUGUAUGGAUUUCCCUAGAUGUGCUCUUUUCAACUGCAUCUAUCAUGCAUCUCUGUGCCAUCUCUCUUGAUCGGUACGUAGCAAUACGCAAUCCCAUUGAGCACAGCCGCUUCAAUUCCCGCACCAAGGCUAUUAUGAAAAUUGCUGCAGUUUGGACCAUAUCGAUAGGGAUAUCCAUGCCCAUCCCGGUCAUAGGAUUGCAGGAUGACUCCAGGGUGUUUGUGAAUGGGAGCUGCAUUCUGAAUGAUGAGAACUUCGUCCUUUUUGGGUCCUUCGUGGCAUUCUUUAUCCCACUCAUCAUCAUGGUGAUCUCAUACUGCCUGACUGUCCAGGUGCUGCAGAAGCAAGCGACGGUGUUCAUGUACGGCGAGGUGCCCAAGCAACGAAGGAGCAGCAUGAACUGCCUCAAAAAAGAAAACAACACAGAGAACAUCUCGAUGCUCCAGAACCACGAGGCGGCCUCCCACUUGAACUCUCCUGUAAAUAAGGAAGCCGUGCUCUUUCGGAAAGGGACCAUGCAGUCUAUCAACAACGAGCGCAGAGCCUCCAAGGUCCUGGGCAUUGUCUUCUUUUUGUUUCUUAUCCUGUGGUGUCCAUUUUUCAUCACUAACAUCAUGUCCGUUCUUUGCAAGGAAGCCUGUGACGGGAGCCUCCUGGGCGAACUCAUGAAUGUGUUUGUUUGGGUUGGUUACAUUUGUUCUGGGAUUAACCCCCUGGUGUACACGCUCUUCAAUAAAACCUAUCGCAGGGCUUUUGCCAACUACAUCUGCUGCCAGUACAAGCCCAGUAAAAAAUCGACACUGCGACAAAACCAGUGUCUGAAUGUGGCUUCCACAGCUUCGUGCGGGAAAGACCUGACUUUAAAUAGCUACCGAAAUGGCAAUGAACUCAACAGCAUGGAGUUGGAUGAAACUGAGGAGGGCUUAGAAAUGCAACCGGGGACUUCAGAGCUGUCGAUAAACAGCUGCAAUGUUGUAAGCGAAAGGGUGAGCUGUGUGUAACUGAGUCCCACCCGUGGCUCUGCAGCUGAAAUAUACCUGUGUAAAAGUGUAUGUGUCAGUCAAAGAGCAAUGUAAAUACUGCAUCCCGAACAAAGCUUUUUUUAAAAAUUCAUCUUUCCAGCCCAGUGCUUUAAAUCAUACAUACACUGAGGGGAGGUUUAAGGUUCUAUAUUUACUGUUGCUACUAGAUCAAAAAUAUCGAGUAUUUUGCUUUCAUCUUGGACAAAAUGCUGACAUUUUCUUCCAGUGUAUGAACAAAAAUGCUGAAUUCUUACUCAGGUGGCAUUUGCUGGGGUCCAGAGUGGCCCAUUCAUAGUUAUAGAUCAAGUGUUGAUCAGGAAAACUUUUUUAAGUUGACAGUAAAUAUAUACUUUAAAUCCUCACCCAUGUUAUGUGCCAUGCAACAGUGCAACAUCAAGUCUAACCAGACUCCUGGAAGGGAUCCCUCCGCUUAGCGUAGUAAUAUUGCAAGGGAACAGUUGGCUAACCAGACUGGACACAUUGGAGGUGCGGGUGGGGUGACCUUUCACACUGGAGAGCUGUUUUCAGUUCUGAGUUCAUUUCCAAGUGUGCUGAGAUUGACAGUCACAUCCUGGUUCCUAGCAGAUGCUUGUUCAUGCCACAGAACUAGGGAACGCAAUUC